UACACAGUGUAACAAGUCUACGCAGCGGUGUCAGAAGGACAAAGGCGAUCCAUAGUGCUUGUCGAGGGAAGAUUGGUGGUUAGAGGUUUGGGAACAGAGAAGUAGAACCUAUAUAUAGCUACAUUUCAGGAUUCUGUAUCCCGCCUGUCACAUUGGAACAUAACCAUUCUGGAGGAUUGGCCAACAACAGGCAUAAACCCAGCGACACACGUAAGCACUAGCUCAAUAAAUGAGUGGAGUGAAAAUGACAAAAUUAUGAAAAUCAAGGGAACCAUUCAUUGUCAUGCACUUUUCCAUUAAAAUGUCUGUGUACUCUAGAUACGGAAGGAAACGCCCCGUGGUUUCUACUCAUACUGUGUGGAGAGUCUUUCUUUUUUCCAGCUCGAAUGAAGCUCCAAGAAUAAGGGCGUGAAGUGAUUAGUUUUAGAAAGUCCAGCGGUCUGCGAGUACUUAAUAUCACUGUGACUUUACGAUCUCGUACACGUCAACUACAUACGACCUAUGGGCAACGAAAGGCCGGCAUCAGCUUUGAAGUAUUUUGGCCUCUACAGUUCCGUUCGCUCUCUAUGUAUAAUAUCAUGCAUGCAAGUUACAAAAAGUUUGCUUUGCAUUGCAUUUUUGGUUACGGUAACUUAGAGCGGCUUCGUUCCUAUCUUUCUCUACAAUUUCGUUUUAGAGAAACUUGGUUUUAACCGGCAGGUAAGUCAAGAGUCUAACAUUAUUGAACUACAGGAAGCACAUCAUCGGUGUUAAAGGCCCUGAGACAAGUAUUUCCUGCCAUCAGAGAAGAUUUAAAUAAACUGAUUAAAUAAUAUCUGGAGUAAGUAAUAAACUACAAAGUAUCCCGCACUGAGAAACUGACAAGCAACGGAGUUUGGAAGGAGGGUUGAUAAUUUGGUGACACUAUCGAGUCAAAAAGGACAUGCAUUCGAGAUGAAGUUGAAAUGCUACUUGAGGACAGAAGUGCCUCUACAUACGGAAGCCCUCGCCCUAUUAAAAGUGCUCAAGAACAUCUUCUGACUAGAAGAAAGACGUGGAUAUCAGUGAGCUUCACCUCCGCACCACUGUAGCGUCGAAAGAUGAGGAGGAAGCCCGAAAACAAAUUUCUCGGUUUAGCCGCUUGUUUGAUGCUUCUACAUCCCUGGUGCAUGCUCCAAGGAGCGCCAACGAGAGCCGUUGUUUUCCCUCGACUCGUCCAAGAACGAAGUGACAGUGGUGAGCUAGUAGUCUCCAUUAGUCCCGGUCAGAUUCUGAUUUUAACCAAAGCAUCUGUGCUGCGGGAGAGAUUGGAAGUGACAACGUUUGAAUAUGACAAGCAAGUUCUUCACUACAUGAAUGGCACAAAACUGGAACAAGAGCUCUAUCAUGACCCAAAAGCACGUUCUACUGUCCUCUUAAAGCGUAGGCCGAGACUCAGGCUGGUCGGAAUACUCAGUCCGACCGAGCGUAUACAGCCUUCAGUCGUCAACAUAUUCGAUGAGGGAGAUGCAGUAAGCCACGAUAUACUACCUCUUGCUGCAAGCAAUGAUGAUGUCCAUUAUGAAGGCACUAAUCUUUCACUUGACACCCACAAUGACACUUCGCAAGAAUAUUUAUACAGAAAGUUCGAAUCCAGGUCUGGAGGAAGUACAUACCCUCUAGACGUCACCUGUGAAACGGGCAUCGCUGUUGACUCGUCAUUCUGGAACUCUUUCAGCGGAAGGAAGAAGAAACUUGUGCGAUACCUUGCUGUCCUCGUAGCAUUUGCGAACAUGAAGUUUCAGACCUUGCAGGCCAACAUCAUAAAGCUCAAGGUCGUGAUCACGCGAAUCAUCAUUUACUCGAAAGAAAAAGAAACUUUUAUUAAAAACUGGAACGGUGAUCGCAGUACCAUGCUUGACAGCACACUUCACGAAUUCGCUACCUUCACACGCAACGACGACUUCAAGAACGACGAUAUCGUUGUAUUAUUCACGAGCCGUGACUUGGCUACGAGAUCCACUAAGUCCAUUGUCGGUGAGCCCUGAAAAUAAGUGGAAGAAAGUGUUCUUUUCAAUUCGAAUGCGCUCAAUGUGCAACAUGGUUUAAGGAUUGCAAACUCAUUAAUACCGACAUAAGUAUUUUGCACAGAGGCUACCUUGUAAUUUUACGGACUCAUACGUUGCUUUGUCUGAUGAAGCGGUUCGUCAUUUGCUGCGAUCUCACAGCUGUCUUUUCUCACCAGACGUCAUGGAUGUCUUCACACUUUCGAUUCUCAGGUAUUGCGUCAUUAAAAGGGGCGUGCGGGUUGUCCAAGACGGCGAUUGUUGAAGACAUGCCGUUGACGUUCAGCAGCGUUCACACCACUGCGCACGAAAUCGGACACUUACUGGGCUCAUACCAUGACGGCACAGAACUUCCACAAAGACAACAUUAUGAGGCAGACCCGAGCCAGUGCCCUCCGUAUGAAAAGCACAUUAUGACACCUAUCUUGGGAAGGGGGAGGCGGUCGACCUUCUCCUAUUGCAGUACCGUCCAAGUUGCGCAGUUCGUGUUGAGCUCAGACGGAAAGUGCCUAACCAAAACUAUGUUCAGAAAAACAAGAAAAAUUUAUUAUGAUGACGUUACGAAGACUCGCCCUUCACUUGAUGAAUUUUGCCAGCGUAACCAUGAGGAUGUCCAAGGCACCACAUACCAAGAACCUUGGGAAGGCCUCAAAGAAUACAAACUUGAGAAGUGCAUGAUUACUUGCAAGGACCCAGCAAGACCAGGGAGACUUAUGAUCGACGAUGCUCCAGAUGGCAUUGAGUGCGAAAAGGGCAGUCGCAGGAUGUGCAUAAAUGGAGAAUGUACCCUUCUCAAAUAUCGACCCAUGUGGACAUUUGAAAAUGAUCUGGAAGUAUCUGUCUCGUGAAAUAACUAAAUUGAAGGAAACAGACAAUAAAUCACGCCAUCCACAGCGUCCAGUAUACAAUUGGGCAGGUCAAACAUAUUCGAUUACUUUUUUCUGUCAUGUAUCUUUCCUCCGUUUUUUUUCUUUACUUUUCAGAUUUGUUUGAUUCAAUCCUAACUUUCUAGUAGAUUAUCGUUCUAAAAAGAGGCAUUGAAAGCACAACCUAGACAUAUUCAAAUAAAGAACAAAUGUACAUCGUUUUCA